AUGCCUUACUCAGUGUACCUGCACCUGGGACUUGGAGAGAUUAAGCCCACUUCUGUGGUAUUGCAAUUGGUAGAUCGUUCUGUGCGACGACCAAGGGGGAUAGUGGAAGAUGUUUUGCUCCAAGUUGACAAAUUCUACUAUCUCGUUGACUUUUUGGUCCUGGAUACCCAAGCAGGGGUUGACAUGGAGUCAAAAAUCCCGUUGAUCUUAGGAAGACCAUUCUUGGCUACUGCAAAUGCUUUGAUCAAUUGUAGGAAUGGCCUCAUGAAGCUGUCAUUUGGGAACAUGACUCUUGAAGUUAAUGUUUUCAAUGUUGGAAAGCAACCACGAGACGAGGAUGAGUGCUAUCAAACCUACCUGAUAGACACACUUGUUCAGGAGGAAGUACACUUGCAUAAAGAUUUUGAAUCCUUAGAUUACCUCCUCCAUAACUCCAACUUUGAUCCAUUGCUAUUUCCUAUAAAUACUAUUAAUAUUUCUGCUGAUUUUGAUGAAAAACAGGAUAAGCAAUUGAAAUAUUGGCAACCACGCUUUGAAGAGUUGCCAAGUGAUAGAGAAAAGCUGAAACCCUCGACCUUGGAAGCACCAAAAUUUGAACUUUUCUCACUGCCCAAAGGUUUGAAGCAUGCAUUCUUAGGAGCAGGUUGGGUCAUAACUGACAUUAAAGGUAUUUCCCCACUGAUAUGUUCCCAUAAGAUCCAUUUAGAGGAAGGAACUCAACCCCGUAGAGACCCCCAAAGAAGACUUAAUCCUACAAUGAAAGAAGUUGUUAAGAAAGAAGUCUUAAAAUUAUUAGAUGUUGGUAUAAUCUAUCCAAUAUCUGAUAGUCAAUGGGUGAGUCCAACACAGGUAGUUCCUAAGAAAUCAGGGGUGACUGUGGUGGAAAAUGAGGAUGGAGUAUCUAUUCCAACUAGGGUAGUGACUGGGUGGCGAAUGUGCAUCGACUAUAGAAAAUUAAAUUCUGCCACCCGGAAAGACCACUUUCCAUUGCCUUUUAUUGACCAAAUCUUAGAGCGAGUAGCUGGUCAUCCCUUCUAUUGCUUUCUUGAUGGAUAUUCUGGAUAUUAUCAAAUAGAGAUAGCUAUAGAAGAUCAGGAUAAGACCACUUUUACAUGUCCUUUUGGUACUUUUGCUUUUCAUAGGAUGCCAUUUGGUUUAUGUAAUGCGCCUGCUACUUUUCAGCGUUGUGUGAAGAAAAAGGACUUGUGUUGA